AUGCUCUCGUUCAGCAUAUUUAAUGGAUUAAAAAGAGCAUACACCUGCGAUGCAGAACAGAAGAAUGACAGUGAUGAUGAUGAUGAAGCUGAAGAGGAUGAAACCGAGGAACUGGGGAGUGAUGAACAUGGUAUUGGUGAAGAUGGACAAGAAUAUUUGGAGAUUCUGGCUAAGCAGGCAGGUGAAGAGGGAGAUGAUGAAGACUGGGGAAAAGAUGAUGCUGAAGAGACCACUCUGGAAGGCUAUUCCGCAAUCACUGAUGAUGAAGAUAACCCUGUUGAUGAGUAUCAGAUAUUUAAAGCUAUUUUUCAAACUAUUCAAAAUCGUAAUCCUGUUUGGUAUCAGGCUCUGACUCACGGUCUUAAUGACGAACAAAGAAAACGGUUACAGGACAUAACAACUUUGGCUGAUCAAAGAAGAGAAGCCCAUGGAUCCAAAAUGAUUGAGAAGCAUGGAGGAUACAAACUUAGUGCCCCAGUUUUACCAAGUUCUUUCAAUUUUGGAGGCCCAGCAUCAGGGAUUAAUUGA